AGGUAGGAACAGAGAAGAGCGUCGGUUUGGAAGUGCUUUAACGCGUGCGGAUUUAGAGGAUUGCGUUGCGGCAGGGUGAAGGGAGUUGAAGGAACAGGAGGGGAAAGACGUUGUGGGAUUUAUGGGUAUUUCGCCGGAGCAAGGUACAGAAGCAAAAGGGGUGACCGAAUCGAAGGCUGUGGAAAAUAAGCCAAAGACGGAUCCAUGGGAACCCAAGCCCCAACCAGUUCGUGAAGAUCAAGUAAUCAAUGCUGUCAAUUUUCUUUCUCAUCCCAAAGUUAGGUCGUCGCCCAUCGUGCAUAGGCGUUCAUUUUUGGAGAAGAAAGGAUUGACAAAAGAGGAAAUUGACGAAGCUUUUCGCAGAGUUCCGGAUCCUCCAUCUUCAGAAUUAGCUACAGCUGCUGCGGCAGCAACAGGUGCCCAAGCUAGCGUAUCCUCAUCUCUGCCAAAUGCUCCAGUUCAGAGCCAAGCUUUAGUUGCUCAGAAAACAAGAGAAUUAAGCUGGGGACAGAAGCUGCUUGGGCUAGGGGCAAUUUUGUCAGCAGGUGCCGGCGCAAGUGUCAUCGCCAAGGUGUAUUUACUUCCGAAGUUCAAAAUAUGGAUACAUAGCAUUGUGCUAGAGGAAAAGAGAACAGAUGAAAUAUCUCCACUCACAGAAAGGCCACCUGCUGAGCCACCUGUGGAUGAGGCUGCUCUAGCAGCUAACGCUGCAGCGGCUGCUGCUUCCGAAGUGGCUGCAGCAAUGCGUGAGUUUUCUCAUGCUAAAGCCAAAGAAAGUCUGCAGCUGGGAAGCAUAAUCAAAGCCUUGGAGACGCAGACUCAUGAGCUGAAAUCUGCUCUCUCCGGCAUGCGGGAUGUUGUGAACAACCGGAACGUUGUGAAGUACUCGGAGUUAACUCCAACUCCUUCGUUUGGCAGAGGUCGUUACCGGUCAGAUCCCUGGCGCACACCUGAGAUUUCCCGUCCCUCAGGUAUGCUGGCCGAUCGCUCGUAUGCAGGAGUAGUGAUUGCACCACCCCCGGCUGAAAGGAUAGACUCCUUAGAGAAUAGAUCAGACUCUGUGGGUAGUUGAACAAUUGAGUAAGUACAGUUGCCAAUGAUACGCCUCUCCUUGGGUACUUUGGUAGCAACCGAUGUCUUCUGUGAGAAAAGCUAAAAUGCGCGUUCUAGAGCUCGAAGAUGCACCCCUAGCACACUUGCAUCCACAAGGUUCAUCAAGAGUUGCAGUAAUCAUUCAUUAAAUGUCGUUGUACUUGCAAUAUAUAGGAAUAGACCGGCUUAAAGUUUGGUUCA